AUAUCCUUUUCCGAAGGGUCUGUCUCGUCGCUUAUUUUACAGAUUUGGUGUCGAUUCUUGAAUGCCGAGGAAAAGCAUCGAAGCAAGUCAGAUGUCUAUCGAGUUUUCCUUAGCACGAAUCCUUUUGCUGAGUUUGUAAAGAUCAAUUUAUAUGACGAUGCUCAUGAAACCUUUUGUGAAGUCGCUGACAGAGAAUUGGUAGAACAACAGUUUUAUAGCGGCAUUGAUAUGUGUACUGCAGAUUUGACAAGGAUGAUGUUUAUAUAGUUUGUUUCAACAUGAAAAAGGAGAAGAUAACCAUCAUUGAUUCAAAUGAAGAUAAAACUAAGGUGUAUGAUACAUGUGUUGAAUAUUUGAAAAAGGGAAUGUGUGAGUUUUUCAACGAAAAACAACUUGAGCAAAGAGCAAGUAAAAUUUCCAACUUUCAUUUUGAAAUAACAAAGAAGGCAUGUUAUGGGAACAUGGAAGGUAUGGGUGUUGGUGCCAUAGCCAUGAGGCAAUUGGAAACUUUCAAGUGGAAUUUGAAUACGUGGAAGAUGGAUUUGAACAAAAAUGAUGUAAAUGGAUUAAGAAUGCUCUGUGUCCGAUAUUGCUACGAAAUGCUCACCUCUGAUCAUAAUCAACUUGCCGUACAAGU